AUGUAUCGACGGGACAAAAUCGUUCGUUUCCCCUCUCCUCUACAACUUGCCAUGACGGACGAUGUAACCAAUGACGCCUAUAAGGAGCUCCUUCGUGGGCCACACAGUGGCGACGCGUCUUAUUUGGAGCCACCCGACAACAGCUAUCCCAUAUCUCGACUGCCUAGCGAAAUCCUGGUUCACAUAUUUGCCUAUCUAGUCACCAUACGAUCUGCAUUCAUGUGGACACGACCAACAUACCUAGAUUUCACCCAUGUUUGUCACGAUUGGCGCGAAAUCGCGCUAAAUACACCCUCGUUAUGGACACAGCCAGAUUUCAGAUGGCUUGGAUGGGUCCGCGAGAUGCUGCGAAGGUCGAAGGAUGCUCCUCUUCAUGUCCGCUACAGGAUCGAUGAGAUGAUCACUGUGCUCAGUUUUGAGGAUGCUAUGAUGGACAUAUUGGUGCAUAUUCAUCGCAUUGCUUCCCUUUACUUGUAUCUUGAGCUCCAGAGCGGUGAUAAGAAGGGGUUUAAUCGAACCUUACUCGCCCUCGAUAAACCCGCACCACUGGUUCAUACCGUCAGAUUCGGUUUCUUUCGUGCUCUUCACCCUUCCAACAUACCUUUUCCACAACAUCUCUUUGCUGAUGAGGCGCCAAAUCUUCGGAAUCUUUUCCUCGACGGAUGCCAUUUCAGGUGGAACUCACCAUUGUUGAAGCAUCUCACCACUUUCUCUCUUCGUACACAUGACCGGGCCACCAUGGCCCCUUGUGACCAGUGCCCGACAACUAAAAGGUUCAUGGAGAUACUUGAAGCGAUGCCCGAGCUCGAGGUCCUAAAUCUGGAUUGUUCUCUCCCCUCCCAUUUAUCAGAAGCCCCGGAUUUUGCCCACACAGUCCAUUUUCCCCGGAUGCGCGACUUACGUCUUGUAAGAUCGUCCGUCACGGAUUGCACCAAUCUGCUUCAACGAAUAUCGUUUCCGCAGUCUACCACCGUCGAGGUUUCAUGUAUACCGCUACACCAUCAGAACGACGAAUUGCCGCUGUUUUCAGCUCUUUCUCACAUGUUUGCAUCCUGUCCAGAUUCUCAAACUCAAACAUCCUUUGAGAAACUUGGUGUUGAAAGUACCGUCAUAGGCAUGGCUCGCCCAACUCUUUCUCUUAAGGCGUACGAUUCCAUCUAUGCAUCAUUCCCCCAAAUAAAAAUAAGGCUCUCUGUGAAUCGUCCCUCGGAGGCACCGCUUGUACAGCCUGCUAUCACAGCUUUACCCCUAGCGUCUUUGCAGAUACUUAUCUUCACAUGCACCGACUGCUCGAUCAGUUGUUUUGCCACCUGUUUUGGGUCGUUGCCUAACCUCCGUGUUAUCAAGUUGACUCAAAGAGAUGCAGUAAAUAUUGUGCUUGCUCUGCGGGAAGGUUUAGAGGGUGAUGGUAGUAGCGAGUCGUCGACACUCCCAUUCCCGGCGUUGGAAACAUUGUUUAUGAGGGAUGUUGAUUUUGGGGACCUUUGCCACAACGACAUGUUCGCUGGGAUUCUGGUGAAGCGCGCUGAGCGUGGAGCCCAGCUUACAAGCCUUCAGUUAAGAGAAUGCAUUGGACUACGCAGCGAGGAAAUCGAUAGGUUCAAGGAGGUGGCCAAGGAAGUGAAUGUGGAUUGGGAUGGAUAUUAUAUCGAGCGUGACGGUGAUGAAGACUCUGAAGUUGAGGAAGAGUAUGAAUGCUAUGAGCAGCAAGUUUCUGACUAUGAAUCGGAGGAAUGA